AUGCAGUUCACGGUUCAGCGACAUGCCAUGUCAUACGUACCUCUCCUCAUUUCUACUACCCUGCUCUGUGUUCACGUGUGCUUCAUCACCGCUGCAAGUCACCCGGAAGCUCACAUUACCGGCGGAGGAAGCUACUCAGACCCACCACGUGGUACCGCCGUCGUCAAUGCCUCGGGCACAAGGCCACCUACCUUAGUCGCUCCGAGCCAUGGCCUCACCAAGAACAUGAACAUCGACAAGUACACCUUCAACACAUACCAAAUCAGCACCACUUCCAUCACACACUCCGCUACAAUGGCUAGACCACUGCAGCAAGUCCUCGCCUACCGCAAAGAUCUUGUCGACGCCGUCACGUGCGGUCCAGUCACCGAUUCCACCACCCUCGUCAAUUUGCACAAGCCAGAUGAGGACACCGGAAAUGGCAAGCUUGUUGCUUGUCUCACAGGCAUCGCUCGUCCCGCAAAGAGCUGCUUCCUGGUGCUCGAGAACGGCGAGACCCUUGGCUUUUCCUUCGCCCGCGGCGAAGCUCCUUACUACCUUCAGUUUACGUUCAACAGACUUCUCACGGCUCCCGCCGCACGCGUCGAAUGCCUCAUCCCAACUGGCACUCCAGGAGAAUCGCCGCUCAAAGUCUCACUCGAAUUCGCCUUCACCAACGAGGCCCGCCAGUCUGAACACAUUGCCCUCGAGAAGUUCGAAGUCCAGCCGCGUGUCGAGCGCCUCGGCCGGCGCAAGGACGAGAUCGUGUUUGACAGCUAUGGCGCUUCCUGCGAAGGCCUUGUGAACGCCGAGAAGAAAGCUUCGGCACUUGGAGAACCUGUCGCCCGAAUCCUCACAGUCCUGCGCGGACUCAUCACCAACAGAUCUGGCACAACUCUUCGAUUCCGCUUCUUCAACCCGAUCGAAUCAUGGGACUCCGCCUUGCCAGUCGUGCUUCCGUACAUCGAUGGUCGUAACAAGCUCCCUUCUCUCUUGCUCCCAGCAUGGAGCACACUCUGGCCACCGAAGCCCGAGCGCAGCAUUGCCGAGCUUCUGAAAGCACCGGCACCGCAUCCAAUGGUACAAUUCGAGUGCGGGCCAUUUACAACUCCUACGCAAGCCUGUGUCGAAUACUACGAAAGCGCGCGCAUCCAGCACCUUGAAGAAGACACUGCUCUCGGACAAUGGAAGGCGGUCGAUCACUUUGGUACUUUGUAUCAAGUUGGAGGCGCAGUCGUGAUGGCGCUCCGUUUUGGCGACUUCAAGCAACUUGGCGGUCCAGGUGUCGGCCACUUCUCACUGCCGGACAAGCUGACUGUGAAGAUGCGCUGGGAGAACAGAGCCGGAGACCAAUUCCACUGCGAUGCUGCUCGAAGCACUCUUCCGAUUCAACUUCCUUCCGUCCACGAUGCCCUCUUCAUCAUCACGAAGGCCAACGACAAGAUGCUCGAUGCCUGCGUCAAGCCCUCCGACGAUAUUCAGGGAGAAAUCUUGAACAUCCACGUCACUUCUUCGGAGAACAAGUUUACUUUGACGAGCAAGUUGAGUGCAGCAAUCAACUUGGUCCAUCCAGACUCCAGCAGAUGGCACGAUCUCCUCAUGAACCACGACAACUCUGCCCUCGAGACGGUCGACCUCGCGAUGAAGCGAGUGGACGAUGUGGAGAUCACUCCGGAGAUCGAGGAAGCGGUUGAGUCCGCCAUGCGAUGGCUCCUCACAUUUCAGAACUGGAACGAGGAGCAGCUUAUUGCUCUUCGAAGCCUGCGCAGCGCUGUUGGCUCGAUGGUACUCAUCAGCGGUCCCGCAGGCACAGGCAAGACCCUUGUCUUGCAGGCCCUGUGCGCCUUCUUCUACAAGCUCGGUUUGCAUGUACUUGUUCUUGCUCCCGCCAACAGCAACGUCAAGGACUUCAUGGCCAAGCUCAACAAGCUCUUUCCUGAGAUUGACGCCACCCGCGUCUUCCCAUCCUCCAAAGACUUCAGCCCGGACAAGAUCGCCAAGAAAGCCCACCGUGGCGAGGACCCAAAGAAUUCAACCCAAGGCCCGCUCCAGGAGGCCGAUACUGACAUCCUCGAGUUCGAUAUGGUCCGCGCCGAAGUUGACUCUCGUGACAAGCGACAGAAAUUCGACGACUGUGGUCUUGCGGCUCAAGUUCUCAAGCUCGCUCGCGAAGGUGAGAUGUCCAACGUUGAAGAGAUUGCUGGCGUGAGCGAGGACUCCUGGGCCAUCCUCCGCGCCUGCAUUCAAAAAGCCACCGAGGGUACAUUCGACUGGCGCAACGUCAAGGAUGUUCAGAAAUAUCAGAAGGCGUAUGAUGCGUGCAAAGCUCAUCACAUGGCCCUUUGCCGCCUCGUCGCCACCACCACUGGUAACUUCCGCUGCGAUGACAUUGUCAACAACUGGGCCAUGGAGAAGCACGGCGUGAAGUGUAACGGAAUAAUUUAUGUGCUGGAGGAAGCCGCAAAGGAUACUGAGAUUGACAGCAUUUCCCCGAUGGUAUUUCCGGAGUACCGACACAAAAUCACAGGUGUUGUGAUGUUGGGAGACGAGAGGCAACUCGAGCCAUGCAACACGUCGGCCAAGGGCCAGCUCUGCUUCAACAACUUCACCGACCGACUGAGCAUUCCGCUUCUCUCUCGACUCAAGGGAGAGGGCUUCCCAUGCACGGAGCUCGUUGUCCAGCAUCGCAUGAGCAAGCACAUUGCCAAUUGGCCCUCGCAAAACUUCUACGCCGGCGGCAUGCUCAACGGUCCAGGCACCGAGCACACUCUGGCGAACAAGAAGCCCGGUCUGUACUACUGCGCCAUGAACAUCAUCUCCCGCCUCGAUGCAUCCUUCAGCACCACUGCCGAUCCCAUCAAUCAGGACAAGGCGCUCCGCACCCACUACUUCUCGAUCACCGGCACCCGCGACUCCUCCAAGCGCUCUCCAUUCGUCAAUGAGCACGUCCGCUUCUUCUUCAACGAGAUCUUCUGGGAUCUCCACGCUUACUAUGGCGAGUCGAUGAACGAGAACGUUAUGAUUAUAUGUGCGUACAAAGGUACCAAGCAAAUUUACCAGGAGGCGAUGUCCUAUCUCCAGAAGAAGCACCAGAUCCCAGCCUGUCAGUUACCGCAACUCCUCACCAUCGACUCCUCGCAAGGCUGCGAGGCUCCCGUCACCAUCAUCGAUUGCGCCGUCCAGCAGUACGACCCGAGACUGAAGAACAAGCACAUCGGCUUUGUGGAUGACGACAAGCGCAUGAACGUCGCGAUGACUCGGAGUCAAGAUGUGAGGUGGGUCCUCGGUGGGGCAUGUUCCGUGGCUUUGCGCAAGGACCGGAGCAAAGAAGUUGCCACCCCAGCCUAUGUCCGCUACCGGGACGAGGUCGAGGGCACUGGAGAACUCACCAAGCUGCCAAUGCAGAAACUUCGACAGGGCGAGGAUUGGAUCAAGAAGUUGGAGAAGCGGACUGUCUGCUGUGGAUUGAAGUUCAGGGAUGAAGUCACAGAGAGUGAAGAGUAG